CCGCCGCUAGUCAAAAUUAGCCCAAGCACGAUGCAAUCAUGCAACUCCAUAUAUAUAUUCUCCCCAAAUGAGUGGAAUUGCCAUCCUUGAGCAGUGAUCACUAGUUCACUACUCACUGGAGUACAAUCGCCCUGCAGCUAACUCCGUUCUCGUCAUCCAUGGCCGCCAUCCCCACCAUCACUUCCGGCCCUGUUCCGUUCACGGACGUCGACGACGGCACGGUGCCGAAGCACCCGGCCAAGGAGGAGUUUGGGGACCUCGUCGCGGCCCUGCCGCGCAAGCAACAGGCCGGCCUGGAGCUGCGCCUGUACCAGGGCUUCUGGCUGCCGGAGCACUGGGUGGCGGGCACCGUCGUCUUCCAGCGCCGCUUCGCUCCACGCCCCGACGACGUGAUCCUCGCCAGCUACCCCAAAUGCGGUACCACGUGGCUGAAGGCGCUGGCCUUCGCCACCAUGACGCGGGACGCGUACCCGGAGCCGGCGCAGCACCCGCUCCUCCGCCUCAACCCGCACGACUGCAUCCCGUUCCUCGACGAGAUCUUCGCCGAUGGGCAGGAGGCCAAGCUCGAAAAGCUGCCGUCGCCGCGCCUCAUGAACACGCACAUGCCGUACACCCUGCUCCCAGAGUCGGUCACCGGCGCCGACGUCCCCGGCUGCAAGGUAGUCUACAUUUGCAGGGACCCCAAGGACAUGGUCGUCUCGCUGUGGCACUUCCUCCGGCGACGCCAGCCGGAGCUCUCGUUCGCCGAGCUGUUCGAGCACGUGUGCGACGGCGCCGUGGCGGUCGGCCCGAUCUGGGACCACGUCCUCACCUACUGGCGCGCGAGCCUGGAGCGCCCAGACAGGGUGCUCUUCCUCAGGUACGAGGACCUGCUACAGGACACGGGCAAGCACGUGAGGAGGCUGGCGGUGUUCGUGGGCCGGCCUUUCUCGGCCGCGGAGGAGAGCGCCGGCGCCGUGGAUGGCGUAGUGGAGCUGUGCAGCUUCGAGAAGAUGAAAGGGCUGGAGGUGAACAAGAAAGGCUCGUCGGGGGCAUACCACGCCAUGCCCCGUGACGCAUUCUUCAGGAAAGGCGUCUCUGGAGACUGGGUGAACCACAUGACGCCAGAUAUGGCGACGCGGCUAGAUGAGAUCGUCCGUGAGAAGUUUCGUGGCACGGGGCUGGCGGCUCCUUGAUUUGGACUCUGUCGACAUGCUCGGAUUUGUUUUGUGAAUUAAGCAGGUCCAUGUGCAUGGAUGUUUCAGUUGUGGACUCUAUGCUUGGUCAAUCAGUUGUGGACUCUAUGUCACAAUCACCGUCUUCAUUAUCGAAUAAAGAUGCAUGUUUGUGUGAUUCA